AUGACUACCACCAACAUCGAUGAGAGUAAUCCAACUUCAUUCCAGUUUAGCAAUAAAUUGAAUACCGUUCGAUCAAAUCGUUCAUUGGUUGCUGCUAAUCAACAGCUUCGCAUUCAACUUGCAUUCGCUAAAGCAGAAAUCAUUCGAUUGCAAAAUGAAAUCGUUGACUUGCAAAAACGAAUUACCGGACUUGAAUCAACGAAUGAUGAAGAACGUAUCGAAAUGAUUGUGACAAAGAGAUUACAGGCUUCUAGCCGCACAGUGCAGUAUAUGGAGAAAACAAAAGCAGAUUUUGAUCGUGCUGCAAAUCGCCUCGAUCACACUCUCCUGUCAAAUAAUUUUGAUGACGGUGCUAUUUAUGCAGGUGAAUGCAGUCAAAGUAUUACAGCGUCUUUAUCGUGUGGAACAGGAGACGAAAUCAUUGGACGUCGUUUGCAGCGGCCUCCUACUCUUGAAGCUGUGGAGGAGGAUAUUUGCGGUGAGAUGGAUGAAAAUGAAGAUGCCAUUUUUGAUAGAAGUCUGCUCAUACCCAUAAGCGGCGAUAAUUUUAAAAGAUCGCCAAAUGAUCGCAUAUCUAGUCGUAACAGUCGACGAGAAACUUUUUUUGUCAAAAAGGAGCCUAUUGAAUUUGAAAACAAUGUCGAAACUUCUUUUACCGAAGAAUUUUUUCCUGAAAGAAAUCAGACGGUUUCUCCUUUGUCAGUUCAGAACCACGAAGAUCCACCAGCUAUUGCAGUUAUAACCGAACCUAUAACCCCCACCACGAUCUCUUUGCCAAAAACUCCUACUGUAUUCUCUAAACUUGAAACAUCAACUUCUAGCUCUAGAUCUAAGUCCUUUAAAUCGAGGAUACUGCAUGAUGAAAAUAUGCGAGCAAAAAACAGUCAAAUCAGGAAAUCUGAAGUUAUUACGCAUAACGGGAAGAAGAGGAAAAUUUCAAUUAAUGAAAUUCCGAAAAAAUGUAAAAAAAGCUCGGAAAAUAAUGCAGAAUUUACGAAAGAAAUCAGCAAAUUGUUGUUAACUCCAGCGUCUACGUCUUCUACUGGUAUUCUCAGCAUAGCAAAUUUAAAUGAAGGUGUCCGAUGCAAACGUGCUGCUGCAGCUAAGAUAUCAUCUUUCAAGGAGCCAAAUUUAGUAACUAAAAUGCGGAAUCCAAAUGUUAAUUGA